CGCCCCCCGCAUUCGCGGACGCAGCCGCAUCCCUUGGCUCCUUUCUCGAGCAGCCAAGAAAUGGGCGUGCUCUCACUUCAUCCUCCUCCUCGAUUCCAUACCAAUCGCUUCGAUUCCGUGCACAGUUCUACUAGGCCACAUCUAUCCCUCUUCUUGCCUACUCCGCAGAGAAAUCAUCUUCGAGUUCGACGUUUUUCGGUUCCCGGAGCCACAGAGGAUGGAUUCGUGGUGGUCGAGGACGAUCUCAAGGCUCUUCUGCAGGUUUUACCUAGAGAUUUGCGAGAAAAUCUGCAAAAUGAGCCAAGAAGAGAUCAACUCUUAGAGGUUAUAUUGGAUUUGGGUCGCCGACCUGAAGCACGUUACCUUGGAGAACCCGGUGGGAAGUAUCUAAGAGACAAAGAGAUUUCACUGGAGGAGUUGAAAGAAGCACAAAAUGUGGUUGGGGAAUUUGGAGGAGACAACAGAGCUGGCGUCGAAGGUACAUUACAUAGGAUAUCUGCAAUAAGGAGUAGAAAAGGACUCAUUGUUGGAUUGACAUGUAGAGUUGGUCGAGCAGUUAGUGGUCAUGUUGACAUGGUGCGUGAUCUCUUGGAGUACAAAGAGAGCAUCCUCUUCUUAGGAAGACCUGGAGUUGGUAAGACUACUGUCAUGCGAGAGAUUGCGCGUGUCUUAGCUGAUGAACUCCACAAGAGAGUGGUAAUUGUGGACACCAGCAAUGAGAUUGGAGGUGAUGGCGAUAUUCCACAUGUAGCAAUAGGUGGUGCAAGGAGAAUGCAAGUUCGAGAACCAUCAAUGCAGCACAGGGUCAUGAUUGAAGCAGUUGAGAAUCACAUGCCUGAGGUGGUCAUCGUUGAUGAAAUUGGUACAGAAGCAGAAGCACUUGCUUGUCGCUCGAUUGCAGAAAGAGGAGUCAUGCUUAUUGGUACUGCUCAUGGAGACAGAUUGGCAAAUAUAAUAAAGAAUCCUACACUAUCUGAUUUGGUCGGCGGAGUGGAAACAGUUACACUAGGAGACGAUGAGGCAAGAGCUAGAUGUAGUCAAAAGAGCAUUCUUGAGAGGAAAGCUCCACCAACAUUUCCAUUCCUGAUUGAAAUGAGGGAGAGAAACUACUGGGUCACUCAUCGGACAGAAAGAAGUGUCGAUAUGUUGCUUGUCGGCAAGAAGCCAUUGGUCGAGAUAAGGAAGAGAGAUGAUGAGUUCAAAGUUGUAGUAGAGAGAUGGAAAACAUACGACGGAGAUGGUAUAUAAUGCCACUCAAGCAUCGUUGCGUAUUGCUAGAGCAUGUUGUCCAAACUAGGGAUAAUGGCUAAUUGUGCACAAGUAUGGACAAAUAAAAAAUGAUCUUAGUAGUAGGAUAAAGAUUUGGUUGUUAUCGAUGGUCGAUGAUGAUGAUGUGUAUAAAGGUUACUUAUUUUGUGCUUAAUUUUGAUUUUCAUUUUCAUUUGAAUUUGGGAUAA